AUGUUCACGGAAGUGAAAGCGCGGGAGAGAGCGGCUGGCCACUAUCCCUGGCCUUCAGCUGUGAACAGCUCAGCGGGGCAGGAGCCCCAGAGGCAGCUCCCAGAGGUGCUGAGCGGGGCCUGGGAACCACCUCAAGGGGAUGGGCUGCCCCUGCUCACCGUCAUCGUUGCUGCCUUUGUCCUGCUGGCAGUCUGUAUCGUGGUGGCAGUCCACUUUGGGCCAAGGCUACACCAGGGCCAUGCCACGUUCUCCACAGAACCACCAGCCCCAAAGCCGGAGGGUGGCAUCUACCUCAUCCGCUGGCGAGUGCUUGGCCCUCAAGACAGUCACGAAGAUGCCCAGCAGGGACCUCCUGUCUCUGGCUCCUGCCUUGUGCCAAAUGGGCCUAGGCUCAGCAUUGAUGAAGUCACAUAUCUGUAGGAGGGAGACUUUGGAAAGUUGGCCUGAUGUGGCUCAGAACAAGAAACUGGACAGAGAAUUAGGUCAAAAGCUUGGGGCCUGGGCUUCAGAGCUUUGGAAGGGCACACGUGGACUCAGCAGGAGCUGCCCUCUC